UGUUAAUGCAAAAUAAAAAAAAAAUACUUUGCUUACAUGGAAAUGGUGCAAACAAAGAAUUUCACUCUUAUUAAUUAAGAUAAUUUGAGAAAGAAUUUAACGACAUUGAGUUUGUCACUAUAAAUGGUCCAAUUUCAAUAACAAGAAAUGUUCAUGCUUCAUAAGUAGUAAUACCGUAGAAUUUUGCUAAAAUGAUUGAAAAUAAACCAUUAUUUACAUGGGGGAACUUUUUCAAAUUAGAUAACAACAAUAUCGAUGCAGGUAUGAUAGCAUAAGUCUAUCUUUAGUUUUUUAAGAAUCAUUAGAUUACGUAAUUAAAAUACUUAAAGAAUAAGGCCCAUUUUAUGGAGUACUAGGAUUUUCUUAAGGAUCUGCAGUAGCAGCUAGGUUGGCUACAUUAAUAGAUGAUAAAUAAAUUGAUCUAGGCUAUGAAAUAAAUUGUUUUAUUUUUUCUUCUGGGUCGAUGAUGACUUUGCCAAAUAAACGAUUGAUUUUCUGCUAAAUUCCUUCUAUACAUUUUAUUGGAAUUAAUGAUUUUUUAUAUGAUAGGUAUAAAGAAGAUAUUAUAUUUAAGAUCUUUAGGAUUAUCAACUCAAUUUUUAAAUCCUUUAGUUAUUCUUCAUGAUCAAGGGCACAAAGUUCCAUUUUUAAGUAGGCAAC